AUGGACCUUGCACAACUGCCAGUGCCUCUCGAUCCGAAACUGCAACUCGGCGACAUGGAAACCUUUGCUAGCGACGUUGAUCGAGAUGCACAACUUGCUUCCAUCCUGCACUGCUUCCCUUCUAAUCUAGACACUGAACCGGCAUUCUUCCAGAUAUUUGGUUCUGAUAUCCUAUCAUUCUCGCCUCAGCCAUCAGAUCCUCUCUCACCGAGCCUUGUUCUCCUGGACAAUACUUCGGUCACUCCUUCGGAGCUCCCAAUCGAUAAUUCGAGCAGCUUUCUACUCGGCAGUCCUCCUUUGGAGAAACCCUUUGCGCUUGAUGAUGUUGGCUAUGCUAAAUUGAAGUCAAACCUUGCUUCUUCGGAUCCUGACGGCCAAAUCGUUCUUUCUCGGUUCCCCAGUAAAAGCGCAGUCGUUCGCUACGUGAAAGCAUUCUUCGAGAAUAUGGCUCCUUGUCUACCAAUCAUACAUCCACCAUCGUUUAAUAUUGUCACCACACCUCUUCCUCUACUCAUUGAAAUUAUGGCGUGUGGAGCUAUGUACCUGUGCGAAAAACUGAAAGCUUCAGAGUUGCGAUCAAGUGGGGCGCAGCUUCUAGGCGGAUUGUCACAGAAAGGAAGUUUACAUGGUGUUCCCGGCCCUGAGGGUGGAAAAAUUGAGCUUUGGGUUUUACAAGCUAGUCUCCUCAUGGAGUAUAUUGGGCCCGGCACAGAUGUCUGGUCACCCAAUCACGGUGCAGGCCAGUCACUGAGUGCCCUUAAUAGUCUUGCCCAUGCAAAUUUAGCCGCUUUCCAAGGCGCCACCUAUACCGACUGGGUCUACGGCGAAACCCUCUGUAGUGCGAUCCACUACCAAAUCUGUGCUUUUGAGAGAAUGGCGGCCACAAGACAUCUGGAACUUUACAAGAGUUUUGCAAAACGAAUGGGAGCUUCGAUCACCAUCCUCGACGAUAUGUACCACGAGAUGGUAGUGGACUCAACCUCUUCGCCGUUACUGCAAUGCUCGCGAUCAUUUCUGGAUUCCGCUAUUUUUCACCUAUAUGCAAGUAACCAACUUGAAUCAAUAAAAAACCUUAUCAGUGAUCCCAGCAUCACCAUCGGGAGGCCAUUUGCAACCGACCACCUCAACAAAGCCCUAAUGCGUGCAGGCGAAACUUUUAACAUCAACUGCCAGCAUGGCCUCGGUUAUCUGCAGAAAGUUGGGCCACAUCGUAUAGGGCCACUUUGUCUUCCCGGUUUGAUUGAAGGUUGUAAGUAUUUCUGGUCUCACGCCUCUGAAUGA